CGAAAUCAAAACAAAACAAAAUUCAGCUGUAAACACGAAAUCGUCUCCACCGAUUGCCACUAAAAUCAUCUACGCCGCUCCCAUUUACUCCCCCUGCACAGAUUGUAAUGGCCGUUAAUAUGUACGGCCCGAUGCAGAACCAUCCACCGCCCAAUCCGAACCCGACCGACCUGAUGGCGAUUAAGGACAUCUACCCGGGGAUGAAAAACAUCAACGUGAUCUUCAUCAUACUCGAGAUAGGACCGGUCACGCUGACGAAAGAGAACCGCGAGGUGCGCACGUUCAAAGUGGCCGACCAGAGCGCCGCCAUCAACGUGUCGAUCUGGGACGAGCCGGGCAAGCAGCUGCUGCCGGGUGAUAUCGUGCGCCUCACCAAAGGGUACGCCAACGUGUGGCGUCAGUCGCUGACGCUUUACUCGGGCAAAAAUGGGGAGAUCGUGCGGUUGGGCGAUUUUUGCUACACCUUCAACGAGAUGGUCAACAUGAGCGAACCGAACCCGAACUUGGCCGCGCCAAUACCCCAGCCCAUCCUGAACAAUGGAUCGGGGGGCGGACCGAACGGUGGUCCGAACAACAACAACAACGGCAACAACGGUACGGGAAAGGCACUGGGAACGCCCAAGCCGGUACCGAACAGUAGCAGUCCGCUGCUUUCGGCCGGUGCCGGUUCGCAACCGAAACCGCACGCCGCUACGACGCGCUACUCGGUGGCGGUCGCGGCCGCUGCUGCCGCCGCCACACCGCCCAGCAUCAUGAAACCCUCGCAGAAGAACUCCCCGCGGACGGGGCGCAACAGUCAGGCCAAAGGGGCCUCGGUGAAGGGCGACCGAAGAUAACAGUUAGCGGAUGCUGCCCUCGGAGCAUCACCAAUGACCGUUGGCGAUAGUUUUAUUUUACCGUCUAGCAAUGUAAUGUAAAUGCAGCAGCGGCGACCGUUGGCGGAUCCGCUGGUAUACCUUUUGCGUGUGUGUUGGCCUCCAUUUUAAACCUUCCCAUUUGUGCACGAGCAUAACAUUCCUGUGUGGAAAAUGCUUACUUUUUUACAGUAGCUACAUACUUUGUGCGAGGUAUCACGUUGUAAAAAUAAAUCGAAAUCAGUUUCCUCACUGGA